AUGUCUUCUUCCUCCCCCAGCGCUCAGGUGGAGGGAGCGGUGGCGAUCAAGCAGGAGAACGGAGUGGCCGCCCGCCCCGAGGGGGCUGGGGGGGACGCCCCUCCGCCGGCCCCCGCCGCGGCCAAGGAGCGGUCGGCGGCCUGCGGCCAGGCCUCCUCCUCGUCCUCGUCGCCGUCCCCGUCCCCGUCGUCGCCGCCGUCGUCGUCGCAGCCCUCCCUGGCCUUCUCCCCCGAGCACGUCGCGUGCGUGUGCGAGGCCCUGCAGCAGGGGGGCCACUUGGACCGGCUGGCCCGGUUCCUCUGGUCGCUGCCCCCGAGCGACCUGCUACGUGGCAGCGAGAGCCUGCUGAAGGCGCGGGCCCUGGUGGCCUUCCACCGCGGGCUCUACCCCGAGCUGUACGGCAUCCUGGAGGGCCACAGCUUCGGGCCCGACAGCCACCCGCUGCUGCAGCAGCUCUGGUACAAGGCGCGCUACAGCGAGGCGGAGCGGGCCCGGGGCCGCCCGCUGGGCGCCGUCGACAAGUACCGGCUCCGCAGGAAGUUCCCGCUGCCCCGCACCAUCUGGGACGGCGAGGAGACCGUCUAUUGUUUCAAGGAGAAGUCCCGCAACGCCCUCAAGGACCUCUACCGCCACAACCGCUACCCGUCGCCCGCCGAGAAGCGGGACCUGGCCAAGGUCACCGGGCUCUCGCUCACCCAGGUCAGCAACUGGUUCAAGAACCGCCGGCAGCGGGACCGGAACCCCUCCGAGGCGCAGUCCAAGAGUGAAUCGGAUGGAAACCCCAGCACCGAAGAUGAGUCCAGCAAGGGGCAGGAGGACUUGUCUCCCCACCCACUGUCCAACUCCUCCGACGGAAUAACCAGCCUAACCCUGUCCAGUCACAUGGAGCCAGUGUACAUGCAGCAGAUCGGAAACACGAAAAUAUCGCUGAGCCCUUCCGGAGUCUUGCUCAAUGGAAGCCUGGUGCCCGCGAGCCCUUCUCCGGUCUUCCUUAACAGCAGUUCCUUCAUUCAGGGGCCCAACGGGACGAUCCUGAACGGACUAGGGGUGGACGAGUCCCAGGCCGCGGCUCUGAACCCCCCAAAGCCCAUCAUGAGCAAUGGCGUCCCGAUGGCCGACAUCCUGGUGCCUCCUUCGGAGGACGCCAAGGUCCUGCAGGGCUCCGGGGCCCCCGCUGCGGUCACCACGUCCUACAGCCCCAGCGCCCCCACCCCUUCCUUCCCUGGGCUGAUCCCAAGCGCCGAAGUUAAGCAAGAAGGCACAGCCGCGGUCGCCUCGCAGGACGGGGGCUCCGUGGUCACGUUUACCACUCCGGUACAAAUCAACCAGUACGGCAUCGUCCAGAUCCCCAGUUCGGGGGCCGGCGGCCAGCUGCUGAACGGAAGCAUCGGCUUUUCUCCGCUGCAGCUGCCUCCUGUCUCUGGCACAGUCUCCCAAGGCAAUAUCGCAGUGAACGCCAGCACCGCCGAGGGUGGGGCAUUUACAAGUGACUCCACCACUGUGCCACCAGGAAAAGUAUUCUUCAGCCCCCUCGCCCCCAGCACAGUGGUGUACACGGUUCCCCACCCAGGCCCGGUGCUAGGGCCAGUGAAACAGGAAAGCCUGGAGAGAAGCCUGGUUUUUUCUCAGUUGAUGCCCGUCAAUCAGAACGCGCAACUCAGCGUCAGCAUGACUCCGGAGACCAUCGCGGGGCCCAGCCUCCACCCAAUGACGCCGUCCCUGGUGAGCGAAGCUCCGGCCCAGAACUUCUCCCUCGCGCCCCCAACUCUCCUGACCCCCACGGAGCUGACCUUGGACCUCCCCGAGGGCCAGCCUGUGUCCACCCCCGUAACCAGCACGUCCACUGUCAUCUCCAUCAGCAACACCAGCUACGCAACCCUCCAGAACUGUUCGCUCAUCACCGGCCAAGACCUGAUGUCCAUCUCUAUGGCCCAGCAGGCCCUCGGGGACCUCGUCUCCGUGCCCGCGGACCAGGAGGCUCACGCCGCCGCCACCGACCCCCAGGAUUUUGCCCAGCAGCACCGGUUAGUCCUGCAAUCUGUCCCCGACCUCAAGGAGAAUUUCUUACCACGGUCAGAGGACAAGGCGGAAGGCAAUCUGAUGCUGCUUGAUUCCAAAUCGAAAUUCGUCCUGGAUGCCGUGGUUGGCACAGUUUGUGAAGACCUGGAGUCGGACAAAAAGGAACUUGCCAAGCUGCAGACUGUUCAAUUGGAUGAAGAUAUGCAAGAUUUAUAAUGUCCCCUCCACCCCGGCCCCCACCCCCCAGUUUGGCCUUCAGCAGACAAGUCUUCCCCAGAGUUCCCUGAACACAUUUCCCAUUUUCCAGUUUAAGGGAAAUAGUGACCUGUUACAAAGAGAAAUCCUUGUAAAAGAGUGUGGGCCGCUUGGCCUCGGGACCCCAGUUCAGUUUAUGGGAACAGAAUUGGGUUCCGCUGUCUCUCUGCUUGUUGGCACUGAAAGCAGAGAUGAGGGCCAAGGCUGAGGAGACAGGAGUGGGGUGCUUUAUGCCUUCUAACGUGCCCGAUUGACUUGUUACGGAACCAGAACCACCGAGUAGAACCUGGCUUCAAAAGUAAUACUUGGGACACCCCUGUUCUCCCAGAACACGGGGUUACAAUUACAAAGAGCUAGGAGCCGUGGGCCGUCCUUCGGUUCCCUCUGCCAUGUGGGGCUUGACAUUUUACGAGACUCGGGUGCCGAGGAGCCCAGAGAGAGGGGUGGGGCCCAGAGCGGUGACAAGGUGACGUUACCCAACCGCGGCGUUGUGGGGCAUCCGGAGAAGGACACGUGUGCCCCAAGUCCCCUCUGUGGCCUCUGUCUGUGACGAAGUCCCACAUCUUGGCUCCGGGCUUCCACAGUAAGCAAGCUGGCCUGGGCUGAGACCAGAGCCCUCUGGGGCUGAGGGACCAGGGGUUGGGGGACCCAGGGCCAGGCUCCCCGCAGUCCUAGGAUAACAUUGGCUCUCUGUGGGACCU